AGGUAGUCUGCCAGCUUCUUGGUGCAGCUUGAAGUCCUGAGGCUUGGGUGCAGUUGUCCUCUGGGAGAUUGGGAGCCCAUCCCCCUCUCACUAGAACCAGUGACUCUCAGGAAGAGGCCAGCUGCCAGGUCACCUGCAAGAGACAACAGGAGCCAGAGGCCCCAGCCAGUCCUUUGACCUAAGAGGAAGGCAGGGUGCUCUGUCAGUUGCUGGCGGACCAGGGGUGGCUAUCUGAUGGCCUGGGCCCGGGUCUGUGCCAGCUGUUGUCAGCAGCUGGCUGAAGCAGUCCUGCCUACCACCGGUGUGGGUGUUGCUGAGGAGAGGACCCCCUUGCUGAGCUCUGCUCCUGCCAGCCUGCCCCCUAUGCCUUCUGUCCACAGGGGCUCAGGUACCCCAAAUGCUGGGUUCCUCUGUUCCCCUAAUGGUUUUGCUAGCAGUGGUUCUGUUUCUGAGGUAUGUGGGGAGGUGGGCCUAAGUACUAGUAGUAGUUCUUUCCAAGGUCCUGAAGCCAGUGGGGCCGCCUGGCCCUCAGUUGUCCUUCUGCCCGACCUUGAACAGAAUGAGAGGCAGGGGGAAUGUGUCCUUCCCGGGGCUGCCCCAGCAGGCCUGGCCCCACUGAAACCUGAAGCCAGCUGGAGUUCCAGCCCUGAGCCGACCAGCUGCAUUACCGCAAGGAUAGAAGCAGAGACUGGAACAAGGGACAGAGGCCGAAAUGGGCCUGGGCCUGGUCAGGGGAGCUGGCUGCCUUAUUGCCAUGGCAGUCCUGAGACUUCAGAGCCAAGAAGAGUGCAGCUACUCACUGUACCAGGUCUCCCCGCGGUCAUGCUGUUGAAUGGUGACUGCUCAGAGAGCUUGAAGAAGGAAGAAGGGACAUCUGAGCCACCUAGGGAAAAUGGGCUGGAUGAGGGUGAGCCUGGAGAUGAGACCACUGGACAGGAAGUCAUUGUCAUUCAGGACACAGGCUUUUCUGUGAAGAUCCUGGCCCCUGGCAUCGAGCCCUUUUCCCUUCAGGUGUCCCCCCAGGAGAUGGUGCAGGAGAUCCACCAGGUGCUCAUGGACCGUGAGGAUACUUGUCACCGUACCUGCUUCUCACUGCACUUGGAUGGCAAUAUGCUGGACCACUUUUCAGAGCUACGCAGUGUAGAGGGACUACAGGAGGGCUCGGUGCUCCGAGUUGUGGAAGAGCCUUACACGGUGCGUGAGGCCCGAAUCCACGUGCGCCAUGUCAGAGACCUCCUCAAAAGCUUGGACCCAUCUGAUGCCUUCAAUGGAGUUGACUGUAACUCCUUGUCCUUCCUGAGUGUCUUCACUGAUGGUGACUUAGGAGACAGUGGGAAGCGGAAGAAAGGCUUGGAGAUGGACCCCAUCGACUGCACACCACCUGAGUAUAUCCUGCCAGGGAGCCGGGAGCGGCCUCUGUGUCCCCUGCAGCCCCAGAACCGUGACUGGAAGCCCCUGCAGUGUCUGAAAGUACUCACCAUGAGUGGCUGGAACCCACCUCCCGGGAACCGCAAGAUGCAUGGGGACCUCAUGUACCUGUUUGUGAUCACUGCUGAGGACCGGCAAGUCAGCAUCACUGCAUCUACGAGGGGCUUCUACCUGAAUCAGUCCACAGCCUACCACUUCAACCCCAAGCCUGCCAGCCCCCGCUUCCUCAGCCAUUCCCUAGUAGAGCUGCUCAACCAGAUCAGCCCAACCUUCAAAAAGAACUUUGCUGUGCUGCAGAAGAAAAGGGUCCAGCGCCACCCAUUCGAGAGGAUCGCCACCCCGUUCCAGGUAUACAGCUGGACAGCCCCCCAGGCAGAGCACGCCAUGGACUGUGUGCGUGCGGAGGACGCCUACACCUCGAGGCUGGGCUACGAGGAGCACAUUCCUGGACAGACCCGGGACUGGAAUGAAGAGCUGCAGACAACAAGGGAGUUGCCCCGCAAGAAUUUGCCUGAGCGGUUGCUCCGAGAACGAGCCAUAUUCAAGGUGCACAGUGAUUUCACAGCGGCAGCCACAAGGGGUGCCAUGGCAGUUAUUGAUGGCAAUGUGAUGGCCAUCAACCCCAGUGAGGAGACCAAGAUGCAGAUGUUCAUCUGGAACAACAUCUUCUUCAGCCUGGGCUUUGAUGUCCGGGACCACUACAAAGACUUUGGUGGGGAUGUGGCAGCCUACGUGGCACCCACCAAUGACCUGAAUGGUGUUCGCACAUACAAUGCCGUGGAUGUAGAGGGACUAUACACACUGGGUACAGUGGUAGUAGAUUACCGUGGCUACCGGGUCACAGCUCAGUCCAUCAUCCCUGGCAUCCUGGAACGGGACCAGGAGCAGAGUGUCAUCUAUGGCUCCAUUGACUUUGGCAAGACGGUAGUGUCACACCCACGCUAUCUGGAGCUGUUGGAGCGCACCAGCCGGCCCCUCAAGAUCCUUCGUCACCGAGUGCUCAAUGACCGAGAUGAGGAGGUGGAGCUCUGCUCCUCGGUCGAGUGUAAGGGCAUCAUUGGCAAUGAUGGGCGCCACUACAUCCUUGACCUACUGCGCACCUUCCCACCGGACCUCAACUUCCUUCCUGUGCCUGGUGAGGAGCUGCCUGAGGAGUGCUCUCGCGCUGGCUUCCCUCGAACCCACCGACACAAGCUGUGCUGUUUGCGCCAGGAGCUAGUGGAUGCUUUUGUGGAGCACAGGUACCUUCUCUUCAUGAAGCUGGCUGCCUUACAGUUGAUGCAGCAGAAGGCCAGCAAGGUGGAGACCACCUCCUCCACCUUGGAGAAUGGUGGCCCUCCCUCCUCUGCAGAGACCAAAUCUGAAGAUUCAAUAGGACCUGAGGCAGGAUGUGAGGAGGAGGGCAGCAGUGUGAGUGGCCUCGCCAAGGUGAAGGAGCUGGCAGAGACCAUCGCCUCAGAUGAUGGCACAGUAGACCCUCGGAGCCGAGAGGUGAUCCGCAAUGCCUGCAAGGCUGUUGGCUCCAUCAGCAGCACGGCCUUUGAUAUUCGCUUCAAUCCUGACAUCUUCUCCCCAGGGGUUCGAUUUCCUGAGUCCUGCCAGGAUGAAGUUCGGGACCAGAAGCAGCUUUUGAAAGAUGCUGCUGCCUUCCUGCUCUCCUGCCAGAUCCCUGGUUUGGUAAAGGAUUGCACAGAAUAUGCUGUGUUGCCCAUGGAUGGGGCCACACUGGCUGAGGUGAUGCGCCAGCGUGGAAUCAACAUGCGAUACUUGGGCAAGGUGCUGGAUCUGGUGCUUCGGAGCCCAGCCCGAGACCAGCUGGACCACAUUUAUAAAAUUGGCAUCGGAGAGCUCAUCACACGCUCCGCCAAGCACAUCUUCAAGACAUAUCUACAGGGAGUGGAGCUCUCAGGCCUCUCAGCUGCCAUCAGCCACUUCCUGAACUGUUUCCUGAGCUCUUAUCCUAACCCCGUGGCCCACCUGCCUGCUGAUGAGCUGCUCUCCAAGAAAAGGAACAAGAGGAGGAAAAACAGGCCCCCAGGAGCUGCAGACAACACUGCCUGGGCUGUGAUGACCCCCCAAGAGCUCUGGAAGAACAUAUGCCAUGAGGCCAAAAACUACUUUGACUUCACCCUUGAGUGUGAUUCUGUGGACCAGGCUGUGGAGACCUACGGGCUGCAGAAGAUAACACUGCUGCGGGAGAUCUCACUGAAAACCGGGAUCCAGAUUCUGCUGAAGGAAUACAGUUUUGACAGCCGCCACAAGCCUGCCUUCACUGAGGAAGAUGUGCUCAAUAUCUUCCCCGUGGUCAAGCAUGUGAACCCCAAGGCGUCGGAUGCCUUCCACUUCUUCCAGAGUGGACAGGCCAAAGUACAGCAGGGCUUCCUGAAGGAAGGCUGUGAGCUCAUCAAUGAGGCUCUGAACCUGUUCAAUAAUGUUUACGGAGCCAUGCACGUGGAGAUCUGUGCCUGUCUGCGUCUUCUGGCCCGCCUCCACUACAUCAUGGGUGAUUAUGCUGAGGCCCUCAGCAAUCAGCAGAAGGCCGUGCUGAUGAGUGAGCGGGUGAUGGGCAUUGAGCACCCCAACACCAUUCAGGAAUAUAUGCACCUGGCCCUGUACUGCUUCGCCAGCAGCCAGCUGUCCACAGCCCUGAGCCUCCUGUACCGUGCUCGCUACCUCAUGCUGCUCGUGUUUGGGGAGGACCACCCUGAGAUGGCAUUGUUGGAUAACAACAUCGGGCUGGUGCUGCAUGGAGUAAUGGAGUACGAUCUGUCCCUGCGCUUCCUGGAGAAUGCCCUGGCUGUUACUACCAAGUACCAUGGGCCCAAGGCCCUUAAGGUGGCUCUCAGCCACCACCUUGUCGCACGAGUUUAUGAGAGCAAAGCCGAGUUCCGGUCAGCCCUCCAGCACGAGAAGGAAGGUUACACCAUCUACAAGACGCAGCUUGGUGAGGACCAUGAGAAAACCAAGGAGAGCUCUGAGUACCUCAAGUGCCUGACCCAGCAGGCAGUGGCCCUGCAGCGCACCAUGAAUGAGAUCUACCGUAAUGGCUCCAGUGCCAAUAUCCCACCCCUCAAGUUCACAGCUCCCAGCAUGACCAGUGUCCUGGAGCAGCUCAAUGUCAUCAAUGGCAUCCUCUUCAUUCCUCUCAGCCAAAAGGACUUGGAAAACCUGAAGGCAGAGGUGGCACGGCGACACCAGCUCCAGGAGGCCAACAGAAACAGGGAUAAGGCUGAAGAACCCAUGGCCCCCGAGCCUGAGCCUGAGCCUGAGCCAGAGAGAGCUGUGGAGGACGUGGGCUCCUCUCAGACUGCCAAGGAAGGUCCUUCUUCCCUGAACUUACAGGGAUAAAAAAGGAGAGAAAGAUGGACAGUUCAGCAGCCCCAUUACCCGGUGAUGCAGACAGAUUCCAGGAGAAUUCUAAGGGCAUGCCCUGCAGAUUGGGAGAGGAAGCUAGUCCUCCACUUUCUACCCCCACCUCACCCCACCAUCUGCCUGGGGCCCUGCCCUGGCCUGCCUGCCCCUAAAAGAUGGUUUUGCACUGGUUCAAUGAAUAUUCAAUGCAGAGGCCUAAUUGAAGACACGAAAGUGAAGUGUGUAGGCAUCAGCUCCAGCUGUGGGGGGCAAGUGCCUCCCCAGCAUCAAGCAGAUGUGUGUGUGUCCAUGCCUGUGGGUGUUGUGCUCCGUCCUUCCUGAUGUACAUAGCCCAGUCAGUUCUGAGUGGAUGACGUGCAGAUGCAAUUUCUCAGGUCAUUUAUAUGUUUGACAUUAUGGCUGCUGCUUUUGUUGCCACUACCCCUGGGUCCAGCCUGGGUUAAAGUCCAGGUUUCAGCCAAAAAAGAUGGGGGCUUUAGUAUGUCCUGAGAGGGGGAGCCAGAUGUCUGGUAGGGUGCAAGGUGAGACCUGCAGUGGUUUUACUGUGAUUGGGCUUGGCCUACCUGUAGCCUCAGGGUAAAGGGAAGGGGCCAGCAGUGGUAGACCCCACACAUCCAUGUGCCUGGCCUUGGCCAAGCAGGAGAGGAGGUCCUGCCACAGGCUUUGACUUGCCUCCCUGCUCCCUGUACCCCAGGUGAGCAUAACCUUGGGGGCCAACAGUCUGAAUGUAUCUUUCUCCCCAUUUAAACCUGAGCUGCCUAAUGCACAGUUGGGUACGAGGUGGGGACCCAGGGCUGAAUUGUGGUUCCCAGGGAAAGUACCAUGCACAGGAGUGAUUGUCACCUCUGGAGCCUGGCUCCUCCUUGGUCUUUGCCAUAUAAGCACUUAUACAAAGACGCUCUGGGGGUGGGGCUCCUACUGCCCUGGCUGCUCUCUCCCCUCCCUGCCUGUGUCGCUUCUCUUUGUCUGCUGUCCCUGAAGAAGAUGCCCACCCUUUGAGCUCAAGGGAGCUGUUUUAGGCAGAGCCUCUACUUGGGGCUUUUCUGGAGCUGCUGAUGGGUAGUAUCUGUCCAGGGACCUUGUUUCAAAGGGAAUGGGCAUGGGCCAGCAAGACAUCCCCACAGCUAUCAAGAACAGUUUCUUGUUUUUAAACCAUCACGUCUUCAUUUCACAUUGGAAUAAAGUGAGUUUUUGAAACCUGCU